AUGGUAUUUUACGUUAUAAAAGUAUUAUUUCUUGUACUAUAUUGUGGUAAACUUGUAAAUUCUUCUGAUGAUGAGUAUCGUCUAAUUCAAGACCUGAAAAACGACUAUGAUCCAGUAGAACGACCGGUCGGUAAUCACUCGGAAGCUGUUGACGUUUACGUUCGAAUUCUUUUACAACAGAUUUUGGAAAUUGUAAGUAAAAGUUUUUUUUUACAAACAGACUUUCUCCACCAUUUCAUCAGGGAAUAACCACAGUUGGGCCAAACAAUGAAAGCCAGAGGCAGAAUUGGCACAGGUGUCAAGUGGUCCAAAAUAAAAAUAAUUUGACAAUUUAGGAUGAACGGAAUCAAAUGGUAACAUUAGUCAUCUGGCUACAACAAACAUGGACUGACUAUAAACUAAAAUGGGACCCAGAAGAGUACGGAAAUAUCACAGAGAUCAGACUGCCAAAUGAUGCUGUUUGGAAGCCUGACAUCUUCUUGUUCAACAGGUAAUAACGUUAUUUGGAUAUUAGAAAUUGCUGAUUAUAAACAGUAAUCUUUUAUCUUUUUUUCAACUGGUAAAGUUUGGCCUCUUUACUGAAUAACUACGUAAAUUAUAUAACAAAAUUAUAGUUAAAAGACCUAUUUUUUGAGAAUUUUAGUGCUGAUGAAAAUUUUGAUGCUCGAUUUGCUGUGAAUUAUGUUGUUACUCAUACUGGAAACGUGCUACAAGCUCCUCCAGCUAUUCUCAAAAGUUCUUGUGCUAUAGACAUCACUUGGUACGUAUUACAAUAGUUUUGGAAGCGUUAUGGACAAUUUUAUAUUGUCUUUUGGUAUGUACGUAACAACUUAUUAUUAUAUUGUUUUAGGUUUCCGUUUGAUGAACAAUUUUGUUUUCUAAAAGUAAGUAACGUUUUUUGCACAAUUUAUGGUCCUGCAGGUCCAAAAUAAUUGAUAUAUAGUAGCUAAAACUUAAAUUGAUCUUGUAUUAUAUUAUACUCAAUUUCAGUACGGUUCUUGGACCUAUUCUCGUCGAGAGGUCAAUUUGUUCAUAGAAGACUCACGUUUGCCUGAAAGUCACAAAAUGGACCUGCAGUACUAUAUUCCGAAUGGAGCAUGGGAACUUGUAGGGACUCCUGCGUACAGAAAGCCAACUGAGUUUGAAGGUGCUCAAUAUGUUGAGCUGAUGUUUUAUAUGUGGUUGAGAAGGAAGACGAUUUACUACGGUAUCAACUGGAUUAUACCUAGUAUUCUAUUUUUACUCAGUAAUAUUCUUGGCUUCUCAUUGCCUUCUGAAUGCGGAGAGAAGAUUACUUUACGUAUGUUAUGUAAUACUGAAAUUUUAAAUUAUUACUUUGUCGCCAUUUUUAAAAGAAUAUGCAGUAAAAAAACCUAUAAUAACAUGAUGUAAGACUAAUUUUCAGAAACCACGAAUCUCCUGUCCGUAACAGUCUUCCUUGGUAUGGUAGCCGAAGUUACUCCGCCUACGUCAACUUCAGUACCAUUGAUUGGAGCUUUUUUUGCUUUACAAAUGGUAUUACUUGGUUCAUCUGUCAUUAUUACUAUAUUAGUCAUCAAUAUAUCAUUCAGGUCUCCUAAAACACACAGAAUGUCACCUAUUUUAAGGGCCAUGUUUCUGGAAUGGGUGCCGUGGCUAUGUAUGAUGACGCGACCUGAUGUUAAGUUUACUCGACCUGGGUAGGUCAAUAUGAGCUUUACUAUUGUAUAGGCUAAUAUGGAUGUUUUUAUAUUAAAGUAGCUAUGUUUAAAUUCUUGACUUAUUUUGUAUACGUUGUUUUAGUGUUUGAGAUGAAAGUAGUGAUAACGUCAUCUGACAAAAAAAAAUAUUUUUACAGCAGACGUCAAAAGUCAUCCUCAACAUCCUCCUCGUCGAAUUCAUCAAAAUCGACGUCAAAAUCUUCACGAUCUUCUUCUUCAAAGUCCUCUGCUUAUAAGAUUACCAGAACCUUUAUGCCUUUGAAAGAUGGUGGACGAUUAGUGAAAGGAAACUCUCUUGGAUCUUUGACCAACAUUGCGAGGAUAUUGGGCAGGGUUGUACCUAUAAAUGAAGUUGAACCUUUGCGAGAGAAUAUUGUUGAAGAUGGAGAGAUUGAAGACAAAAGAAGAGACGAAUUGGCUACUAUCAAGGAGGAAAAUGGUACGUUUGAGCUUGUUUUUAAUAGUACUUAUUAUGGUAACAAGGAUUCUGUCUACCAUGUGAUCAGGGACGUCGUUUGGAUGGGGGGGUUCGGGGGUGACUCCCCCCCCAGCACCGGUCCGAAAAAAAAUAGCUAGCUACCUGUGGACCAAAAAAUUUUUUUGGGCCUCCACCCCCCCAGAGAAAAACCGUAGCGACGUCCCUGCAUGUAAUGGGAGUUCACAAUACUAUAAACUAUAUAAUACCCUCGCCCUGAACGCAAUGGUAAGCAGUACAAGCUGUACUGUACAAAAUGAUAACCAGUACAAAGACAUGAUUCAGAACCAGAACUCCCACAAUCUCCAGAAUCCUCUGAAGCCAAGAAUCAGCCCGAAACUACAGAAACCCUUCUUCGUGAUACGAUGAAAGAGCUACGAGCAUUUCUAGACGAAUCCAAGCAGAGGGCUGAAGAAGAAGAGGAAGAAGAGAUCGAACAGGCCGAUUGGAGGUUCAUGGCCAUGGCAAUUGACCGGUUGUGCAUGUUUUUGUACGCAUUUUUGUCCAUUGUACUGCCUACGGCAAUGUACUGUAGUAUUCCUGAACAGGAGAGUCGGGGCGAGGUUUAUUAG